AUGCCAGCCGCAUCCACCAGCGGAAACGAGAUCACCAACGCUCUCGCCGAGCACCGACUCAAGCUCGUCGGCGCCACAGGAGCUGCGGGCCUGGUGCAGAAUGCCCGCACCUUUUCGAUCGCCGUCUUUGCCUCGAUGGGCGGCCUGGUUUAUGGAUACAACCAAGGUAUCUUCGGGCAGGUGCUCACCAUGACUUCCUUCGCCAAGGUCAGCGGGGUUACCGGCAUCGAGAACCCCACCCUCUCCGGCCUGCUCACGUCCAUCCUCGAGCUUGGCGCGUGGGUGGGUGUUUUGAUGAACGGUUACGUCUCGGACGCGAUCGGACGAAAAAAAUGCGUGCUCUUCGCCAUCGUCUGGUUCGUCGUCGGCGUCAUCAUCCAGGCCAACACCCACGGCGGCAGCUACGACUACAUCCUUGCAGGUAGGACAAUUACAGGCGUUGGCAUUGGUAGUCUUUCUAUGAUUGUCCCCCUGUACAAUGCGGAAUUGGCGCCUCCUGAGAUCCGCGGCUCGCUGGUUGCCCUUCAGCAACUGGCAAUUACUUUCGGUAUCAUGAUCUCUUACUGGAUCGCUUACGGAACUCAGUACAUCGGCGGCACUGGCGACGGCCAGAGCCAAGCUGCUUGGCUCGUUCCCAUCACCAUCCAGGUUCUGCCAGCCUUGAUUCUCGGCGUCGGCAUGCUGUUCGUACCCGAAUCUCCACGCUGGCUGAUGAACGAAGGUCGCGAACAGGAGGCUCUCAGCACCAUCGCCGGCCUUCGCCGUCUUCCGGAGAGUGAUCUUCUCGUCCAGAUGGAGUACCUCGAGGUCAAGGCACAGAAGCUGUUCGAGGACCGCGUUUCUCAACACGACCACCCGCAUCUCCAGGACGGAAGCCGCGCCAGCAACUUCAAGCUCGGCCUCGCUGGAUACAAGUCGCUCUUCACCAAUCCGUCCAACUUCAAGAGGACCACCGUCGCCGUGCUUGUGAUGCUUUUCCAACAAUGGACCGGCGUCAACUUUAUCCUAUAUUAUGCUCCGUUCAUCUUCCAAAGCAUCGGUCUCAGCUCUAGCAAGACCAUCUCGCUGCUCGCCUCGGGUGUAGUCGGCAUCGUCAUGUUCUUGGCCACCAUUCCCGCUGUCCUCUACGUCGACAAGUGGGGUCGCAAGCCUACACUGAUUGCCGGCUCCAUCAUCAUGGGCAUCUGCCACUUUGUCGUCGCCAUCAUCAUCGCAACCUGCCGCGACGACUGGGCCCGAGGAGGAUCUGCUGCCGCUGGAUGGGUGGCAUGCACCUUCAUCUGGAUCUUCGCCAUCGCUUUCGGAUUUAGCUGGGGACCAUGCGCCUGGAUCAUUGUUGCCGAGGUCUUCCCUCUGGGUCUUCGCGCCAAGGGUGUUUCGAUCGGCGCAUCCUCCAACUGGCUCAACAACUUUGCCGUCGCCAUGAGCACUCCGGACUUUGUCAAGGCUGCUCCGUACGGCGCCUACAUCUUCUUGGGUCUCAUGUGUGUCAUUGGCACCGCGUACAUCUUCUUCCUGGUUCCCGAGACCAAGCAGAAGACCCUCGACGAGCUGGAUGUCGUGUUUGGCGAUAACUCCGGUCGAUCUCAAUGGGAGUCGCAGCAGCUCCUGCAGGCUCAGCGAGAUGUGGGUCUGCUUCGCCUUGCCGGCAUCGAAGACACCAAGUCGGGUCACCAGAACGUCUCGGACGAGGGUCAUUUCAACGAGAAGGAGCACGACUCGGGCUCGGAGACCGAUGUCAAGAAGGCCGACGGCCUUGCUGUCCACACUGCCUGA